AUGGGAUUCUCUGGCUUGUGGGAAGGCCUCUCUCAGGAAUUCGACAUUUAUAAGUUUCUUCGUUUGGUUGUCAUCAUAGGUGGUUACAUCUUUUUCAGGCAAAGAUACUUGGAAUUUAUGAAACACUAUCAAGUCAAAAAACAGCUUGAAGAAGACCAUAAAAGGAAUGCCGAAGCUUUGGUUGAGAGACCGAAUGCUAUAGAGGCGGAAUCUACCGGUGUUGCAAGUAGUGACAAAAGAUGGGGUUGGGGAAAAACAACAAGAUGCAAGGUCAAAGCACAGCAGAAGCAAUUCCAAAAGCAAAUAGAACAGGCGGCAUUGGAGGCUUCCCAAACGAAUGGACCAGAAAGUGAUGAGGAAAUAAAUGAGUUGCUGGAAGAUUGA